CUAAAAAUGGCAGCAGAAAUACAUAUAAUCGGUCAAAUUGAAUCUGCUUAUGGUUUUGGUGAUAAUCGAGUAGCUUGUCGUUGGAGCUUGCAUUGUGGUCUGUUUAAACAAAUAAAAUUUCUUGGGCCAAAAAAUUUCAAAAAAAAAAAUUUUUUUUUAAUUAAAAAAGGAGGUGGUUGGAGAGUAAUAGAAGGAGAAGUAGAAAGGCAAACACAUACAGACUUGCCAGAAAGCUGGCCAAGAAUACUCGUAGAAGUGUGGCAUUAUGAUAAAUAUGGGCGUCAUUCAAUUUCUGGUUAUGGAAAUUGUUUUGUGCCGAGUUCACCUGGAGAGCAUAAAGUAGAGUGUCAUUGUUGGAGACCUAAGGGAAAUUUUAGGGAAGAAUUGACUCGGAGUUUUAUUGGAGGGGGAUUGCAGCUUCGUUCAGCUAAUAUUCUUUUAGGUAUUUAA